AUGGCUUUGCUACAUUUCUUUCUUGCUUUAUGUUGGUUGCAAGUCUUUGCUAUAUGUUCUGCGUAUCUGGAUACUCUUAACCAAGGCCAGUCUCUCUUUGUUGAAAGAUUAAAUAAAUCAAAUAAUGUUUUGGUUUCAGAGAAUGGUGUUUUUUCUGCAGGGUUUUUCUCUGUCGGAGAUAACGCUUUCAGCUUUGCCAUAUGGAUCAACAAGUCUACGUGUCCAACCGUGGUUUGGAUGACAAAUCGAGAUCAACCGGUCAAUGGAAAACGCUCGAAGUUUUCCCUAUCAAAAACUGGAGAUCUCAUUUUGCUUGAUGCUGGCCAAAUUACAGUUUGGAGUUGGACCAUGGCUACGUCUUACUCAGUCGCAGUACAACUGCAGCUACUUAACAGUGGUAAUCUUGUUCUUCGCACUCCAGAUAAUGUCAUACUUUGGCAAAGUUUUGGGUGGCCAACAGAUACGCUUCUUCCUCAGCAACAGUUGACCAGAAAUAUCAGCCUUAUCUCGUUAAAAAGUUUAAGUAAUGGGUCUUCUGGUCAUUAUAAGCUUUAUUUCGACGAUGAUAAUGUCCGCCAUCUUCUGUUUCAAACUCCGGAAGAAUCCAGCAGGUAUUGGCCAACUGCUGGACUAACAAACUUUGCAGCUGGAAGAACCGAGUACAAUAAUACUAGAGUUGCGGUAUUAAAUUCCUAUGGUCACUUUAUCUCAACUGACGAUUUAAACUUUUCCUCAAUUGACUUCGGAGCCAACUCCUUGAGACGUCUAACACUUGAUCCUGAUGGCAAUCUUCGAUUAUACAGCCUUGGAGAAAGUGGUGCUCGGAAUGUCUCAUGGAAAGCUUUCUCAAAUCCAUGCAAGAUACAUGGCGCAUGUGGACCCAAUAGUAUAUGUACCUAUGAUCCUGCUUUUGGUAGGAGUUGCUCUUGCCUGCCAGGAUAUAAAGCUAAGGAUUCUGUUGAUUGGUCUUACGGUUGUGAGACAGAGUUCGACCUGUCCUGUACAAGAAGUAAUGAAUUUAGCUUUGUAAAAUUUAAUCAUAUCGAGUUUUAUGGCUAUGAUAAAGGUUAUUUCCCCAACUCUACCUUGGAAAAGUGUAAAAAAGAAUGCUUGAAGUUGUGCAACUGCAAAGGGUUUCAAUAUAAAUUUAACAAGGGAAAUGGCUAUUAUGAAUGCUAUCCCAAGGUAUUGUUGCUCAAUGGAUAUCUUUCGCCCAAUUUUAUUGGAGAUUUGUAUCUGAAGCUGCAAAUUAAAGGUUCCAGUUUAUUCUCCAGCAAAAUUCCUCAUAAAGCAGCGAGGCUAAAUUGCCCGAAAGACAUGCUUAGUCAGCAGCUGAACAGAACGCAUACAAGACCCCACGAAAAUAAGAAAGUUAAGGUUUUUGCUUUGGUUUGCCACUGCUUUGGGAGGUAUGGGGACGAUCUUUAUCUUCUUGGGAUGCUGUUUCAUGGUUAUUGCAGAUCGAGACUACAAAGCAGUUGUCCAAGGGUACUAUCUUGCCCCAACUGGCCGUUUCGAAAGAUUUACUUAUAGUCAGCUGAAAAAGGCAACUGGGAUUUUUACUCAAGAGGUCGGAAGAGGAGUGUUAGAAAUAAGCGGAUCGUGCUAAUAUGAGAGAAAAAUACUUCUAUUACUUUCAAGAAUAGAAAGAAGAGACAUACAAGCUCUAACUAAAAACUCCAAAAAAAAAACACCUCACAUAUCUCUCAAGGAUAUUCACAACUCUACUUGGUUGUGGUAUGAUGAUCUAUGAUCUGAUUUUCUUGAUGAUGGAGAGUCUUCAA